UGUGUUGUGUUUGUUUGACCGAUCGCCGUUUAAUGGCUUAAUUAUCUAUUUAAUUCCGAAAAUGACUGAUAGAUUCAAUGGAUUUAGCCACGACGAGAUCCUCAAGAUAACAGGGAUCAAGGAUGGUGGCGGUGGCAAAAGGGCAACGGGUCUGGAAGCAGCAAAGCAGGCGGUACGGAGUCAGCCCGGCAUACGGCGCAUGCCCGAUAAGAUCUUCCGGCAAGCUGAUCAGCUCCGGAAGCAGCAGCAGCAACAACAACCGCAACCGAAGAAGACUCAGAAAGUGGACGACGCAAAGAAAGCCAAAUCGAGAGCGACGACUCCCACGGAAAAGACGACAACUCCCACGGUCGAAGAUGACGCAGUCGCAGCCGAUCGGUUGUCACUAGACUUGGAACGACCUCUCUCCGACUCUCUGUUGGAUGCUCUAUACCAUGGUCACGCUCCAGCAAGAGAUAAAGCAGCUGCCACGUAUGCGGAUACUGGCGGAGAGAACAGCGAGGCGACAUCUACAGACGAUAGCUCGAUUCUAAAAAUGAGCGGGAGCAAAAGCCUGGCGAUAAGCUCCGUGGAUGAUGCCAGCAUCCUGCCAAGCACCCAGGACUCAUCGCGCGAACGACUCAACACGGACUCGCCCUUUAAGGGUGUCUCCCUGAAAGACUUUGAGCAGCAUCGCCGCAUGAUCGAAGAGCAAAACAAGCAGAAGAAACAAAUGCUCUAUCAGGCAAUAGAGCAGCACACGCAGAAGACAGCGGCGGAGUCCCGCAAGAUCGAAGAGAUCCGUCAUGAGCUGUCCAAACUAGAGAGCGAUCUUGCCGUGGAUGUGGCCCUGCUAAGGAAGCAGAUCGACAACGCCUGCAUACAUUUUUCCAAUGUAGAAAAACAAUACGUGAAGAUUGAAGCUCAGUUUUUAAAGGCCAAGAUAGAACUGCACAACGCCUCGGAGAAGAAAGAACUGCUCACCGAGCAUCUGUGCACUGUAAUUGCCCAUAACGAGGAUCGCAAGGCACAGAAACUCACGGAACUCAUGCAGAAAGUGGGCUUGGCUCCAACCGACGAGGAGCCACCGGUCUCGCCCCCCAACCUAACUAACAAUUGAUCAUAAAUAGUCCGUUAAAAUUCAGAGAUUCAGAUUUUCUUUCCUCAAUAUGAACUUAGAAUCUAAAAAAGCGCUGCUCGCUAAAAUAAUUGCAAUUGCAAAAUUGAUAUUAAGAAUUGAAAUUAGCUGAAAAUCAUUCGCUGCUGCUUCCCCAAAGCCAAGUCUUGAGAGCUCUCUAAUAUUAGUGUGUAUUUACUGUUCAUAGUUUAAGCAAAAAAGUGCAAAUCGCAAUAAAAUAUGUAUUGUUAUGU